UCCGGAGCAGAGUUCAUGAAUGUUGACGAUUGUUGAAACGUGAACACAUGUUAACAAAAAAAACACACCGGCAUAGCAAUAUACAAUUCAUAGACAGCCAACAUGAGAGAUACGCCGUUAUCAAACUGCGAGCGGGACUUUUUACUCAAAGCCAUUCAAGAAAAAAAGCGCUUGGAUGGGAGACAGACCUAUGACUACAGGAGCAUCAAGAUCUCGUUCGGGACAGAUUAUGGAUGCUGCUUUGUUGACCUGGGGAAGACGAGAAUCAUGGCCCAGGUGUCCUGUGAGCUCAUUACUCCGAAAGAGAACCGACCAAAUGAAGGACUCAUUUUCUUCAACAUUGAGCUGUCUCCCAUGGCUUCUCCAGCAUUUGAGAUGGGCAGGCAGUCAGAGCUGUUGGUGAAGCUGAACAGACAGCUGGAGAGAUGCCUCAGGAACUCCAAGUGUAUAGACACAGAGUCUCUGUGUGUGGUGUCUGGAGAGAAGGUGUGGCAGAUUAGGGUGGACGUCCACUUGCUGAACCACGAUGGUAACCUAAUGGACGCUGCCAGCAUUGCUGCCAUCGCGGCCCUCUGUCACUUCAGACGGCCCGAUGUGGGCAUCCAGGGAGAGGAAGUCACUGUGUACAGUACAGAGGAGAGAGACCCCAUUCCCCUCAGCAUCUACCACAUGCCCAUCUGUGUCAGUUUCGCCUUCUUCCAACAAGGCCUGCUCAAAGACCAGGCGGUUCCCCUAGAGAUAGUUGGGAUCUGCCCAUCCAGAGAUGGAGGCAUCAUGCUGCUCAAAGACCAGGUCCUCAGGUGCAGUAAGAUCGCAAGUGUCAAAGUGUCAGAGAUCACAGAGCUAAUCAACAAAGCCUUGGAGAACGACAAGAAAGCCAGAAAAACUGGGGGUAAGUUUGGCUUCGCAGAGUCGUUGCCCCAGGAGCGAAUCACAGCGCUGAAAACAAACGUGUCACCUGUGGAAAUGAGUGACGUCAAGGAGAAGGCCAAUGAGAUCGUCCAGAGAGCUGAGGUCCCACCCCAAACCGUUCCCUCUCCAGUGUUAACUGCCCCAGGUACAGGCCAGGUGGGGGAGGGGCUAGAGAACUCCUGGGGUCUGAAGGAAGAGGAGGAGGAGGAAGAUGAGACGGUGGAGUUGAAGAUGGAGUUGGAAGAGGGCAUGAGGAGAAGGGGAGAGGUGACGUGGUGGUCAUCUCAGACAGUGACAGCGAGGAGGAUGAUGUUGUCAUCUUGAACCAGGUAACAACAAAGGAGAAGGGCUCCAGCUCUAACCAACAGGAGGCAGUAGCCUCCAAGCAGCAGCAGAAGAAGAAGAAGAAGAGGGGGCAGUAGCCUCCAAGCAGCAGCAGAAGAAGAAGAAGAAGAAGAGGGGGCAGUAGCCUCCAAGCAGCAGCAGAAGAAGAAGAAGAGGGGGCAGUAGCCUCCAAGCAGCAGCAGCAGAAGAAGAAGAAGAGGAAGUGAAAUAUGUUUUUUUUUCUUGAGCGGAUGGAACAUAAAUAAAUAGUAGACUAGAAAUUGACCACAAGAAGCCACAAAAUAUAUGACUAAAACAAUCAUUUCAAACCAUGCUUACAUUUGUAUACAAACAGUUGUCUCUCUGUUAUGUGUGAGAAAACUUGGGAACAGAUUUCCUAAAUUAAAAUAAUUUCUAAGAUG